GUUUCAGCCGUUGUCAUGUGAUCAAGUAGAACCAUAUCUGUGGAGCCACACAGCAGCUGAACCAUUUUAUUGCCGGAUUUAAAGAUGGGUCGCACUUUCCUCUGUGUGCUGGGCUUAUUGUGUCUCAGUUUCCUCCUCUGCUGUGGAAACAAUCCGGAACCAAGUUCUUCCCUGACUGUGUCUCCAUCAUGGCUGAGUCCUGGAGCCUCAGUUAAUCUGAGCUGUAAGGUUGAUCCUCCAUCUACAGGAUGGAGGUUCUACUGGUAUAAAGCUGUUCCUGAUCGAUCACAGGAGGACUACAGAUAUGAGCUGCUGGCUGACAGCAUCAAUGGGACUGUAGAGGACUCCUUCAUCAUUCAUGGACAGAGACACACAGCAGGAUAUGCAUGUAGAGCCGGAAGAGGAAACCAAGAGAAUUUAACUGAUUACAGUGAACCAAAGUUUGUCUGGUCUGAAGAUUCUAAUCCAGCAGCGUCUCUCACUGUGAGUCCUGACAGAGAGGAACAUUCACCUUUUGAUGAAGUCCAGCUGAUCUGUGAAGGAAGCUCUGCUGAGUGGAGAGUGAGGAGAUUUAUAAACUAUUAUGGUUUAAGUGCAACUAAUUGCUCCUUCUGGGAGAAAAUGACUGGAUCUGUUUGCACCUUAAAAUAUGACUGGAAGUGGGACCCUAAAGCAGUUUACUGGUGUGAGUCUGCAUCAGGAGAGUUCAGCAAUGCCGUCAACAUCACUAGAAUAAGGGUUUCCCUGACUGUGUCUCCAUCAUGGCUGAGUCCUGGAGCCUCAGUUAAUCUGAGCUGUAAGGUUUAUCCUCCACCUACAGGAUGGAGGUUCUACUGGUAUAAAGCUGUUCCUGAUCGAUCACAGAAGGACUACAGACCUGAGCUGCUGGCUGACAGCAUCAAUGGGACUGUAGAGGACUCCUUCAUCAUUCAUGGACAGAGACACACAGCAGGAUAUACAUGUAAAGCUGGAAGAGGAAACCAAGAGAUUUUAACUCGUUUCAGUUUUCUAGAGUUUGUCUGGUCUGCAGAUGCUCAUCCAGCUGUGUCUGUCUCAGUGAGUCCUGACAGAGAGCAACACUUCACCGAUGAGUCUGUAACAGGGAACUGUAGAGGAACCUUUACUCAUUCCAGAGUGUGGAGGGCGUACAAAGAUGGUCCCAUUUGGUUAAGUCAUACCUGCCUGGACUGGGAGACGAUGAAUGGAUCCUGUAUCUUUAACCUAAAACUAGAAGAACCAAAAAAAUCCAGUUUCCAGACAAAAGUGUUCUGGUGUGAGUCUGGAUCAGGAGAGUUCAGCAGCUCAGUCAACAUCACUGCAGUCGAUGGAGAUGUUCUCCUGGUGAGCCCCGUCCAUCCUGUGACUGAGGGAGCUUCUGUUACUCUGAGCUGCAGACGCAGAGGACAAAAUACACUUUCCAAUGUGUUUUUCUAUCACAAUGACAAACUGGUCCAAAAUGACAGCAGAGGGGAGCUGAAGAUCUCUGCAGUGUCUCAGUCAGACGAAGGCUUCUACAAGUGUGAACAUUCAGGAAAAGCUUCACCACAGAGCUGGAUGGCAGUAAAAGCAGCUGGAAGUUCUUCAUUUCAUGUGAUGUGGGUCAUUAGACCAGUGAUUGGAAUCGUUCUGAUAAUUCUGCCUCUGCUGGUGUGUCGGUUCAGACGCUCCAAAGGUAUCAGAACAGCACAGACUGUCAUCCAGGAUGACCAUCAGCAGCAAGUGUACUCCUCUCUCCUCCAUGGAGAUCUUGGUCUCUAUGAAACAAUCAGAGGGUCUGGAAACUCUGGAAAUGGUCAAGAACAACAGGAUGGUACUAAUGUGACUGCAGGGUCAGACUAACCUGGAACAUUUUUUCUAGAGGGGUCCUGUCUAGACCUAAACAUCUUUGAUCUGGGUUCAAAUCCUUUGGCUCCUCAGAACCUACCAUGACAGUAGUAUCAGCGGCACCAGGAUGAAGUCCAGUCAUCUGAGAGUUUUCCUUCUAUCCAGCAGCUUUUGUCAUUAAGCAUCAAAGACUUUAUUUCACUGUUUUCAGUUGUUGAUUCAGAUUUAGUUUCACAUUCAAAAACAAACAUCCAUCAUGAAUAAAUUUCGGAGGAAAUGAAAAAAAAAAACAUGUUGGUAGUUGUAGAAAGUUAGUUUCUAUUGUAAAGAAAUGUAUUUCCCCAUGCUUAGCUUUCAUGUUUACAUGAAACUUAAACAUUGUGUGUCUAAUGUUGUUUCUUAGGGGGUAUCAAAUCGGUUUACCCCCACCUUUCUUUGGGACUGUGUCCAGAGCCUGAACAGGGAAAAUAUCUGAACAACUGUUGUUUUAACCAAGAAGUCUGACUGGAGUUUUACUGAUUGAUUCUGCCACAAAACAAGAAAGCCUGGUUGCAUUGAACUUGCAUUCCUAAAAAUUAAAUAAAAUAGGAAAUUUAAGGUUAUUUCUUUUGUAAAUACUGAAAUGCUUCAACAUUAUUGCAGCUACAUCAAUUAUAUUGCAAGCAAAAAGUUUAGCUAUUUUAUCACACAGGUUAACAUUUUGUCAUUUUAAAGUGAGCGAAAGAUUUUGUUCAAUGGUUUUAUGUGUUUUAAUCAUUUCUUAAUAAUUUUUUUAAAGCUUGCUUUGACAAGGUGUGAGAUGUUUCAUUGUAAACUUCUUUUUUUUUUUUCUUGUAUUAUCAUCACAGUAAUUGAGUUCUCUUAUUCUUAUAUAUAUAUCUGUCUAAAGCAGUACAUAAGGAGAAAGAAAAAUCAUGUAAUGUAAUAAUAUCUUUGCUGCAUAAGAGGUUGGAUGCUUCAGAUUUUGGCUAAUUCAUAAUCUGUUAUGUAUUUUAGAUUUUCAACUUGAUAAAGAGAUAAGUGUUUUCAUGUGGCUUUAAAGACUUAUUUAUUUAUUUAUUUAUUUUUUUUUUUUUUACAAAUUUGGUUUAUUUGUAUUUUAUAAAACAAACGUUUUCAUCAGUUUUAAAGGAUUCUGCUGUAAUUUUUUGUUAGAAUGUGAUUUAAAUGGCUGUAAGAAAUAAGGAGCUUAGUUAAUAUUUUAAAAAAUAAGUAAAAUAAGUUCCCCUUGAUGUUGCCACUCCUUCAACAAAACAUCUGUACAUAUUUAUGCCAAUGUCUCUGUUUGAACUAUAAGAUCUACCUUUGUAAGUAUUUAGCCUAAUAAUUUUUUUUUUCUAUGUUUCAUAUUUUUUGUUAUAAUUGUUGUUGGCAUUAUACACCUUGCCCAGGGACAGCAGUUGAAAACUAGCUUCAUAGCUAAUACUGACACAUUUUUAGAAAUGUUCAUUAAUGUGUACUGUACCUGACAAAUAAAUGAAUAAAUAAAUAAGCCCUCUGCAUAAAUCAUUACAGAU